UGAGUUGUUGCCGCCGCCGACGACCAACGCACACACUCACAUCCACUCGCUAUCUUCUCCGUCACUUGACUCUGUUAUCCUACGCCGGCAAGCGACCAGAGACUAUCGCGCGAGUCAGUAUCGUUUGUCUGUCGGUCGCGGAAGGUUCAUCGUCCUGUGCCGCCUACACAUCUGCCGGUACGUUCCCGCGCAAUCGUUUCAAUAUUAGACGAACAAUUAUUUCGGAAAAUUUACCUGACGCCGGAAAAACUAUCAAGAGCUUUGUCGGUGCGUGAAAAUCGGAUUAGUUUUGUUUGUCCGUUUGGUUUCCCGAUGGAAACCCAACCGGUUGUGCUUGAACGGCUAGAAAUGCCCGUGUACUCUUAAUAAACGUCAAUUUAUUAAGUGCUCGAAAAUAACUCUUAUGCGUAUUUCUUUCGGAACAAAUAUAACUGACUUUGCAGUACUAUAACACUCGGCAGUCAGUCGAACGAGACCUCACAACAUGAUGUUGCUUUAUUAUGUCUUGGCCGGACUGCUGUGUUUGGAUUUAAAACAUGUCACGGCGUUCAAGCAACAGUCAUUUAGGGUGUCGCCCAAAGACGUUAACGCCCGAGAAGGUGCAAAUGUGACGUUGCGCUGUGAAAUUAACGACAUCGCCGGCGACUGUCAAUGGACCAAGGACGGGCUGGCACUUGGUUAUGCCGCAGAAAUACCAGGACAUCCUCGUCACUCGAUGGUGAUCGAUUCCGGAAACGGAGUGUACAAUUUACUCAUCAGGAAUGUCAUUCAAACGGACGACGCUCUUUACCAGUGUCAGGUGAGCCCUGGCCCAGCCGCCGGAAGCAAGCCCAUCAGGUCUUCUGCGAGACUGACCAUAAUGAGGCCUCCGUCUUCAGUGGAAAUUGUUGAUCAAUCUUCGGAUUCCAUUUUGGAAGUACAAGAAAACCACGAGGCCACCAUAGACUGUUUGGCCAGAAACUCAAAACCGGCGUCAAAAAUAAUAUGGUUUCGCGGCCAUGUCGAAAUCAAUCCGGAACACCGAGUGGAUAAUAUAACAGAAGAAAUUCUAGGAAAAACCAAAUUAAAAUUGUACACAGUUCACAGUCAAAUAAAAGUGCCGACUACGUUACAAGACGACCGAUUGAAAUACUCGUGUGAGGCUAGACACGAGGCUCUAUCAGAACCCUUGAAAAGUUCAAUUGAAAUUAGAGUUCUAUAUCCUCCUAGUAUGCCACACAUAGAAGGAUAUAUAGAUGGAGAAAUUAUCGACAAAGGCCAAUAUGUCAACCUGCGGUGUGUAUCAAAGGUAGGAAACCCUCCAGCCCAACUGACGUGGUUCAAAAAUAAUCAACCUAUCCAAACUGAAUACAGAACCAGUGAAAAAGUGUCGGAAAGCACGUACUCGUUCAUUGCAGACGUUUCAGACAACAAUGCGAAGUACAGAUGUGAAGCGAAAAACUCAAUUAGCCAAGUUCCACUGAACACCGACGUAGUGCUUUCGGUGUCGUUCGCUUCGGGUCACGUUAAAAUCAAAGGACCAACUGAAGCCAAACAAGGGGAAAUAAUAAAUUUAACUUGUGAAACUGGUCGCAGCAAUCCUCCGUCGGUGAUCAAUUGGCUAGUGGCCGGUGAACAGGAAAGGAAUAGCACGUCCACAGUGGUAACUGCGCCGCAAUCGAGUUGGAUAACAAAAUCAAACGUUUCAUUCGUCAUGCCGGCCGGUCAACGGUCGGUCGUGGCCACUUGUCAGGCCGUCAACAACAACCCCUCAGACCGAGUGGUAGCCACCCACAAGAUUAACGUGCUGUAUCCGCCUGGAGCACCGAUCAUAAUCGACUACUCGUCCGGUAAUCCAAUUCUGUCUGGAGUGGUCCAUAAGAUGUCUUGCUUGUCGACCGGCGGCAAUCCGCUAGCGUCGAUCGCAUGGUACAGAAACGAUAAAAAGGUGCAAUCGGCCAUAACGAGCAACGAGAAUUCCGUUUCGGCUGAUCUAUCAUUUCUGGUCAACAUCACGGACAACGAUGCAACGUACAAGUGUGAAACAACGCACCCUGCCCUUCAAAUUCCGCUGAUUAAAACCAUUAAGCUAGACGUACAGUUCAUGCCCGACCACCUGCACGUCAAACAAGAGCCGGUGCACCUGAAGCCGGGCACGAGGGCAACACUCACCUGCGAGGCUACGUCUAGCAACCCGGCGGUAAAAAUGAGCUGGUGGCACGAGGGUAUACCUGUCACGGAGGGCAUCAAUAGCUUCUCUAAACCUGGUCUACAUGGCGGCAAACUAUCCACUAUUCAAAUGACAGUAAACGUGACGCCUGAAGUGGACGAAACGGUGUACACAUGCCAAGCUACUAGCUUGGCUCUUCACAAAAGCAUACACCGAGAAGUCACCUUAAAUGUUUUGCACAAACCUUCAUUUGAAUCAUAUCCAGACCAGAUCACGUCUUCGGAAGGAGAUAACCUAUUCGUCAUGCUGCAAACAAAAGGUCGUCCAACGCACAUGACUUACAAAUGGUUCAAAGAUAACGAGCCGUUGCGGACCUUACACGGACUAUACCUACGGGAUUCCAAUAUGAACAUCACGGGAUUGGUGCGAGAUGAUGCGGGCAAUUACACCUGCGAGGCGACCAACUCUGAAGGGUCGUCGUCUUUAACGUUUCAGCUGACAGUUAAAUAUAAAGCUACCGUGACAAACGCUUCCGUCGGAGUGGUCGUGACCGGAGGUCAAGCUGCCAUUCUGUGGUGCAACAUCGACGGUUUUCCUUUAGGUGCCGAACACGUGACCUGGACACGUCCAGAUUUUGAUUUCGAUGGAAGAACUUCCGCUGUAUUCCGGAAUAAAACGUCGUACCUGACAAUAAUAAAUGCAACAAGGGCGGAUGCAGGAUCAUUUGAUUGCGUUGCCAACAACGGAUUGGGCAACGUCUCUUCUUUGUCAGCUUCACUAGUUGUUGAACAUAAACCUGAGAUGACAUUAUUGGAAAACGAAAUGAAGACGGCGAGCAACGCGGGAGUCGCGGCUAAGUUACACUGCCGAGCUGUAGGCGCUCCGUCUGUUCGGUUCACCUGGGAACGCGAUGGAUCAAAUAUAACGAGUUUGUCUGACAAGUACAUCGUCGAGGAAAAACAGUUGGACGCGACGCGUUACGAAUCGACGCUAACAAUACUUCAAGUAGAGCAGUUCGAUUAUGGAGAUUACACGUGCACUGCCAGUAAUCACUUGGGAUGGACCAGCUCCGUAAACCAGUUAACGGUCUUCUCGCACCCCGACCCGCCGAUCGAUCUUCGAACCGUCAACACCACAGACACGGCCGUGUUGCUCGCAUGGUCUCCUGGUUUCGACGGAGGAGAACCGGCAAAUUACCGAAUACGGUACAGGGCGUUCAACAAGCAGACGUAUAAAUACGAGGAUUUGGGCAAUGAAACUCAGUAUUUAGUCACCGGACUGGACCCGGACACUUCGUAUCUCUUCGGCGUGCUGGCGCACAACGUAUACGGCGACAGCCAAUACACUUCCGAGAGUCUAAGAGUUACCACUACUGGCGGAUCGCCCGUGACCGACUCGGGUCUCAACAAGGCUGGAUUAGACCGCGGAAUGUACAUAGUAUUAGUCUUGCUGGCCUUAGUCACAGGUGGCCUCAUACUAUUGAACAUUAUAGUGGUCACUUAUUGCAUACACAGGCGACGCAGAUUCAACAAACGCGUCAACGAUAACACAGAUCAGAGUAGUAAAACACCGACAAUUGAAAUGUAUGCACCUAACACAUACAAUGCAGGCUACGAUGAAAACAUGAGUUCUAUAUCAGAGAAGUCCGAGACUUACUCGAAUGUCUCUCCAGAUUACAAUGACGAUCAUCAGCAAAAAUCAGCAGUCGAGCAGUCUUAUAUGAUCGAACAGAUUGAUUAUCCUUUUAUCAAUGAAAACGAUCAUACAGGUGCUCGACAACACCACCAGCAAUACGUAAGCGCAAUAGAUAUAAACGCCUAUGACCAUAACACAAUGGCACAACAUAACGUCAACGAUCGUUUGAAUCUCGAGGAUCGUGUCUUCCGUCAUCAACAGCAACAGCUCUUGAUGCCACCUCCUCCAAUGCCCAUUAUAGCGGAAACAGCCAGGGUUGUGCCGCCGCUUCCUGUGUUGCACAACAGACCACCACCUGCAAUACCCACUUCUUUGACCGGUAAAUAUUACAGUCAGUCGCCACCUCCGCCCGACGUCACCGUGUUUUCCACGCAAAACUUCCUGAAAACGUUUGCACACACGCCCAGCGAAACUGAUGGUCAUUUAGUCUGAAAACCUGCUGAUGAUUAGCGCUUGACAGUUUGCAAAUGUGCUCGAAGGCAGUGCUAUAGAUCCGAAAGCGGAUCUAUAGCUCUCAAAACGCGACGGGUACGAGCUGGCCAACUGCGGUCGUCAUUCUAGUCCUCGACCCGCUCGCCGACGGCAACUGUGAAACUAAUUAAAUUAAGAAAUUAUCAUUAUACCAUAUAGCUCUAUACUAAAAAUUAUAUUUAUUCAAAUUUGAUCUCGAAAAGAAUGAAUUGUUGUUAAGACUUAACUUAAUUUCGUACCAUUACUACACUUAUAUUGUAAAGUAAAACUAUCUAUGAAAAAGUUAUGGUACACAUUAUAUAAUAAGAUCUAUAAUAUAAAAAAUUGCACAAAUCAUUUAUUUUUUCUUGCAAUUCCUAUUGUUUUAUUACUUCUUUUUUUUUUUUUUAUUGAGUUAAUAAAUGUGCCAAUACAAAUCUAAUUUUUAUUUAACUGAUAUCUCUAGUAGAUAUUUUAGGUUAUUUUUUAAUACCUAUACAGUUUUUUUUUAUUAAUUUUGUUUGAGUAUUUAGUUAUCCAACUCAUGAAUUCUACUUUUUAUUUAUUUUUCUCUGCUUAUGAUUUUUAUAAUUUUUUUUUUCAAUUUAUUAAUGGCAUAAAUAUACAUACCAAAACAUAUUACUCGGCAUUGUUAUCUGAUUACAUUGUAUAAAGUGUUCUAAAUAAAUCUGUAAAAAUUAUGUUUUUAUAUGGCAUUUAAUA